CUAGCCGAGUGAGCAAGGAGGACACGCCGGGAGCGCGCCGGGAGGGAGCGGCGGCGUGGGCCCUCCGCGCGCGCCGCAGUCCGCGCGCGGUGCCGCCGCCGGCGAGUUCUGUCUCGAGCACUCCGAGCCUCCGCGAAUAUCGCGCGAACGCUCUCGACUAACCGCCUUUGUUUACUCCCCACGCGAUACUAACAGCUGUUACACUGUUGCCGAUCGCGAACGUCGUUAGUGCAGUUUUUUGUUACGGAUACAGUGGAAUCAGUGUCAGUUCAGUGUUUCAUGGAGCCCGCGGGCUCGCUGCAGUAGUGCACUAGCCCGGCCAUGGCGGCCACGGCGCGCCGGGAGAUCGACACCGGCGAGGAGGACAUCGCCGCGAUCGCCAAACAGAUUUCGGAUCAUGCGGAAGCUAUAUAUCAGACUUGGAAAGCGCGCGGCCUCGCGCCCACGGAGAUUCUGUCGUGCAGGCCCACGCCCGGCCUCAAGUUGGCCGAGAGCUUACGGACUAAACCUAAACCGGAGCCCAAACCUGAAAUAAAGCAGCGGCCCGAGUUCCGCAACCGUCCGGAAAUCCGGGAGCGGCCCGAGCUCCGCGACCAGAGACCCGAGCCUCGGCGAGAUUUGCGCCUGAAUCCCGAAACUGAGACUGUAGAAAUUAUGUUGCCGCCGGACUUGGUACCGGAGCGGAAUGGAGCCGGAUCUGGGGCUAGUGUGAGGCGGCCGGAUAAUGCAGCGAUGCGUUUGGAGGUCGCUCGAGAGGAAGAGAGACUUCUGCGCGCUUUGCGUACAGGUGGGGUCGUCGCCGAACGGCCCGCCGAGAGACCUGACGUGGUUCCCCCCAUAUCGCUCGUGGACUACGCUAAGAGCCGGUAUCAGGAUCGGUUGGACACGGGAGCGAGGAAGCCGGCAGCGGGAGCGAGUGGGGAGAGGAGAGCUUCUUUCGGGUCGCACGUUACAGAAGCCAGGUCUAAAUUUGAGGCGCGAGCUCGCCGCGCGUCCAGCGCUGGCGCCGCCGGCGAGGCCGCCUCCGCGCAAGGCGCCACGCCUGUGAGGCCGUUCCUCACGCGCGGCUCUGUAGCAGAGCGUGUUCUUAUGUUCGAACGAUGCCCCAGCGAAGCCACUCUAGAGUUGGCUAAGAGGAAGUCACCAGCAGCCACCACAUGGCGAGGACCACACGACGUUAUUAUCAGAGCACAGAACUACGCAGCGUCAACUCCUCCGAAGCCUUCAUCAGCGCCGCCGCAUACGACGCUCCAACGGUCGGUGCGCGCGGCGCCGUCCCGGGUCAUCCCACGCUUCCACUUCCCCAGGGGGCGACCCCCGCCUGCACACCAACAGGACCACGCCGUGCAGAAGGUCCAGUCAGCGUUUGCGACCUUCCCGAAUAGCCAGAACUACGCAGCGUCAACUCCUCCGAAGCCUUCAUCAGCGCCGCCGCAUACGACGCUCCAACGGUCGGUGCGCGCGGCGCCGUCCCGGGUCAUCCCACGCUUCCACUUCCCCAGGGGGCGACCCCCGCCUGCACACCAACAGGACCACGCCGUGCAGAAGGUCCAGUCAGCGUUUGCGACCUUCCCGAAUAGCCAGAGGGAAAUGCUGUCAAAGGCAGUAUUUAUAAAUAUCAACGAAAAAGAAACAAACUGCAUCGAUCUCUCGCCGCCCGCGCUAGUUUGGCUCUUCUCCAACGGCAAGCAACAUGCCUUCACCUUAUUAGGGCCAACGCACACCAUCCGACCGACUAUCAUCAGGUCCACAUAA